AUGGUCGAGCCUGAAGAAAGACGCUACAAGAUCGUAAUUUUAGGCAACUCCGGCGUCGGCAAAACUUGCUUAAUAUACAGGUUCGCAAAAGAUACCUUUUUAGAAUCCACAAACCCUACAAUCGGUGCCAAUUUUUAUACAAAACAUGUAAAUGUCGACGAUAAAACAACAUAUAAAUUUGAUUUAUGAGACACAGCUGGCCAAGAGCGCUAUAAAUCACUUACCCCGAUGUAUUAUAAAGGCGCUUCUGCCGCACUUAUUGUGUAUGAUGCCACAGCUGUUGAUUCUUUUGAAGGUGCUAAAGAUUGGAUCAAGGAGCUUCACAAUAAUGCAGCACCAUCUAUUGUAAUUGCCUUGGCUGCAAACAAGAUUGAUUUAAAUAAAGGUGUUUCAAGAGAAAUGGGCCAAGAUUUAGCUAAUAAGCAUUCUCUGUUAUUCUCUGAAGUUUCUGCCAAAACAGGGGAAGGGAUUUCAGAAACUUUUAUUAAUAUUGCAAAAAGGCUGCCAAAAAUUCAAGCGAAAAAAGCGCAAGGACAGAAGCUAGCGGCACCUAAAAAGCAAGAAUCGUGGUGCUGCUAA